UCCUUAUCGAUAUUCCAACUUCCUUUUCUCUCUCUCAUUCACUUUCUUCGCCAUUGUCUCUCUCUUCUCUCUCUCUCUCUCUCUCUCUCUCUCUCUCUCUCUUGUGUUGUAUCUGAUUCCCGUUUUCUGCGGAAGCUCUAGAUUUUAUUAGCACGCCGUCGAUGAAGAAGGCUACAUCGGCAGCGGCUAAGACGCCGACGGUCAAGGACGAGUGGGUGGCGGCGGCGAUGACCGACGACCAGAUGGUUGUAGAGCUUCUUAUACGGCUGAAGCAAGCGGGGACGACGACGGUUUCAGAGAAUCUGCUUCCGUUACAGUGGGGAAUCCGUCGUCAACGGCGGUCACGGUCCUCAAGAUUCGGCGGCGUUCGCGUUACGUUGAAGAAAGACGUAGAUUCCGCUAGAGGCAGUCCGAAGACUCCUCUCUCGUGGAGCGACGGAUCUGGAAGUGGCGGCGGAGCCUCUGCAUCAGCAUCUCCUCCCUCCCCCGCCGCAGCAGCAGCGGGCGAUGGAUUCGAGGAUGUUUGUCGUCAAGCUAGCUGCUCCGCGUCAACAGGAUCCGGAUCUAAGGCUUUACCAACAAACGUUAUCACAAGUUCUAUAUCCGAGAGACUGAAGAGAAAGAAGUUAAAGUCAUCUUCGGAGCUUAAGUACGAAGAGAACUUGAAGUUGAAGGAAAGACUCGACCUUCAAAAGGAGAUUUCAAGUCUCCGAGCAACGUUAGAUGAACAAAAAGUAAGGAACCAAAGGUUGAAGAGGAUUAAGCUUGACUUGAACUCAGGCCUUGUCAAGAACGAGACUCCGGUUAAUUUGAUUCAUAAUUCACAAGAAUCAAAAUGUUGCAGAGUAGAGGGCAACAAAACUGCUAGCUUCUUCCUCCCUGAUUUGAACAUGGCACCAUCCGAGGACGAGAUAUUGCAUGGAACUAGCUAAGUGGCAUAUUACUUAUCUGAAGAUUUUUAGAUCUCAAUCUUAACACAAUCAAGAAGGGAGACAUAGACUUUAGUCUUUACACAAACAAAAGUGGAUGUAAUAAGAGGUGUAAUGUCUCCUCGCAUCAUUCUUUUGUGUUCUGUUUCCUUCCUUUUUAGGUGUAAGACACUCAUUACUUCUUGGUUUUUAUUGAGAAGGUGGUGGAAAUUAGGUUCUUUAACUUUUGUUCUUUCAAAAUUGUAUCGAUUCGUUGUAUUUAAAAAGCUUUGUUGGAAACUGUUACUAAGAGGAAAAAUUAGAACAACUAGUUGACUUUUAUGUUUCAAACCA